ACCUGUGAGCUCUACCUCUACCUGCAUGAUGGAUGUGUUCCUGUGAAUGGAGUGAGAGAGCAGUCCGGUCUGAAGGCUCCCUCAUGCUGGAUACUGUGGAUUAAUACACUUUAAGCUCUUUAUUCCUUUCUGGACCUGUCUGAACCACGUGAGGAAGGUUUGACAUUUGACUGACGCUCAACUUAACGGGGGAUAAAUUAUUCAGCUUGCGUUGGAAGUGGACUACCUGCUGGGCUGGAGGAUGGCCCGCCGGAGGGAGGCCGCCGCUCUCCUGCUGGUCCUGCUGGUUCUGCUCGACCCGCGGCCGGUCGCGGGGCGAACGUCGCAUCAUCGGGGCUCGAGACGCCAAACCCGGGAGCACCGGCCGCGGCAGAACAUCACGCUGGCCAUCAUCCUGCCGCAGAGCAACACGAAUUACCCGUGGGCCUGGCCCCGCAUCGGCCCAGCCCUGGAGCGGGCCCGCCAAACCGUCAACGCCGACCCCACUCUGCUCCCGGACCACCAACUCACCUAUGCUUUCAAGAACAGCGAGGACGAGAAAGGCAUCUGCUCCGAGUCCAUUGCGCCGCUCAUGGCGGUGGACCUGAAGGAGAUGUACAACCCGUGGGCUUUCAUCGGACCGGGCUGCUCCUACACCUCCUCCCCCGUCGGCCUCUUCACCACCCACUGGGGAGUCCCCAUGGUUACGGCGGGCGCCCCGGCCGUGGCCUUCUACGGCGGGGUCUACCCGUCCAUCACCAACACGGGCCCCACCCACAAGAAGCUGGGGAAGUUCGCCCUGCGGAUCUGCGAGCACUUUGGGUGGCGGGAGCACGUGAUGCUGAUGUUCAGCGACAACAAGGUGGACGAUCGGCCGUGUUACUUCGCCGUGGAGGGUUUGUACACGGAGCUGAAGAGCAUCAACAUCACCAUCGGAGAAAUGGUGUUCGAGGAGAGCAAGCCGGUCAACUACUCCCAGAUCCUCUCCGACAUCCAGAUCCAAGGCCGAGUGGUGUUUGUUUGCUGCUCACCCGACAUCUUCAGGAAGUUGAUGGUUGAGUUUCGUCAGGCGGACAUUCCUCACGAGCAGUACGUCUUCUUCUACAUCGACGUGUUCGGGGACAGUCUGAACUCCAAACACGGACAGCCGUGGGCCCGCGGGGACGAGGACGACGUCGUCGCCAGGGAGGCCUUCCAGAGUGUGAAGAUCCUGACGUACCGAGAACCACAGAACCUCGAGUACAGAGAGUUUGUCAACAACCUGAAGACCGACGCCAGGGAAAUGUUCAACUACACCAUAGAGGACUCACUGAUGAACAUCAUAGCCGGAGGAUUCUACGACGGUUUGAUGCUCUACACUCACGCUCUGAACGAGACCAUGUCCAUGACCGCCGGACGGCCUCCGGGACAAGACGUCACCAAGAGGAUGUGGAAUCGAACCUUCCACGGUGUAACAGGACUCGUCCACCUGGACGAGAACGGAGACAGAGAGACGGACUUCGCUCUGUGGAACAUGAUCGACACCAACACGAGUGCAUUCCAGAUAGUUUUGGUGUACAACAGUUCAGAGGAGCAGCUGACUGCCAUCCCUGGAACAACGCUGCUCUGGCCGGGUGGAGUUUGUCCUCCCGAUGUUCCCGUCUGUGGCUUCAAGAACGACAACGCCAUCUGCCUCGCAAAGACGGUUUCCAUCCACCAGAUGGUCUCCAUCGUGAUCUCCUUCAUCUUCAUGAUGACCCUCACAGUCACCAUCUUCAUCUACAGGAGGAUGAAGUUGGAGAAGGAGCUGGUGGCUCAGCUCUGGAGGAUUUCCUGGGACGACAUCCAGAUGAGCAACCUGGACAAGGUUCUACGCAGCGGCAGCAGACUCACACUGUCACUGAGAGGAUCAAACUACGGCUCCCUGAUGACUGGAGAUGGAAACCUGCAGGUUUUUGCAAAGACCGGAUACUACAAGGGAAACAUCAUCGCCAUCAAAUACACCAACAAGAAACGCAUCGAGCUGAACAGGAUGGUCCUGUUUGAACUCAAACAUAUGAGAGACGUUCAGAACGAACAUCUGACCCGGUUCAUCGGAGCGUGCAUCGAUCCUCCAGACACCUGUAUCAUCACAGAGUACUGUCCACGAGGAAGUCUGCAGGACAUCCUGGAGAACGACAGCAUCACUCUGGACUGGAUGUUCAAAUAUUCUCUCAUCAACGACAUCGUCAAGGGCAUGGUGUUCCUCCACAACAGCGUCAUCUUGUCUCACGGUAAACUCAAGUCUUCUAACUGUGUGGUGGACAACCGCUUCGUCCUGAAGAUCACAGACUACGGUUUGUCCAGCUUCAGAUCCGAGAGCGACUCGGGGAAAGACGCUCACGCCUACUACGCCCAGAGGUUGUGGAUGGCUCCGGAGCUCCUCAGGAUGGAGGCUCCUCCUCCUCAGGGAACUCAGAAGGGAGACGUCCACAGCUUCGGCAUCAUCCUCCAGGAGGUGGCGCUGCGCCGAGGAGCCUUUUUCCUGGAGGGAGACCCACUCAGCCCCAAAGAGAUCGUGGACCGGGUGGUUCUGGGCGAGUGGCCCUGCCUCAGACCGACCAUCGACCCCCAGAGUCACAGUCCUGAGCUGGGUCAGCUGAUGCAGCGCUGCUGGGCCGAGGAGCCCACGGAGAGACCGGAGUUCAACCACAUCCGCCUGCUGCUGAGAAAACAGAACAAGGAGUCGAGGACCAACAUCCUGGACAACCUUCUGUCCCGGAUGGAGCAGUACGCCAACAACCUGGAGGAACUGGUGGAGGAACGAACACAAGCUUAUCACGAGGAGAAACGCAAGGCUGAAGCACUCCUUUACCAGAUACUACCACACUCAGUGGCGGAGCAGCUGAAGCGAGGUGAGACGGUUCAGGCGGAGGCCUUUGACUCCGUCACCAUCUACUUCAGUGACAUCGUGGGUUUCACAGCCAUCUCUGCAGAGAGCACGCCGAUGCAGGUGGUGACUCUGCUCAACGACCUCUACACCUGUUUUGACGCCAUCAUCGACAACUUUGAUGUUUACAAGGUGGAGACCAUCGGCGACGCCUACAUGGUGGUGUCGGGGCUGCCGGUGAGGAACGGGAAUCUACACGGCAGAGAGAUCGCCCGCAUGGCGCUCGCCCUGCUGGACGCCGUCCGCACGUUCAAGAUCUGCCACCGAUCGGAGCAGCAGCUGAAACUGAGGAUAGGAAUCCACAGCGGUCCGGUGUGCGCCGGCGUUGUGGGUCUGAAGAUGCCUCGUUACUGUUUGUUCGGAGACACCGUCAACACGUCGUCUCGUAUGGAGUCCAGCGGAGAAGCGCUGAAGAUUCACGUGUCGGCGGCGACUCGUGACGUCCUGAUGGAGUUCAACUGCUUCCAGCUGGAGCGCAGAGGAGACAUCGACGUCAAGGGCAAAGGAAAGAUGACCACCUAUUGGCUGCUGGGAGAGAGCGACAGCCAAUGAGAGGACAGCGUAGACGGGAGGACAACGGAGGACAGAGAGACAAGGAGGAAACGAGGGGACAGGGACGAGGAAAGGAAACUGUAAGAGGUAGAGAAGGAAACGAAGUGAAAGUAGAGAAGGAACCUCCACAGACGUCUCACCUCCUCGUCGUCCCGUCAGACGACUCCUCACUUCCUGUUUGGUUCUCACUUCUGAACAAAAGAAAACAUUCACCACGCACACGUACGAAUAAAAAAAGACCUGUUAAAGUGUGAAUGAAAGAGUGAAUAAAAAACACAGAAGUGGAACGAUGACGGAGGAAAAACCUGGUCUGGAUCCUGCAGGAUCAGGAGCACCGUGUAAAUGAAAGAACCAGAAUAUUUACUUUAUAUUGUGAGUUCCAGAUUCUGUAUGUUUAUGUUUUUAUAGAGAAAAUAAGAACCUCAAAGGUUCAGCAGAUUGUCUUCUUUAUUUAGUUGCUCCACUGUUGACGGUCCGGGAUCAGGCUCUUUAACGGAGGCGGGGGAGUAAACCAGACGUUUAUUUGCCAAAACAAGUAAAGCUUCGUUUAAACACACAAAGGUGUUCAAGCUCGAAGCGCUGUUUGUUAAUUAUUCUCCUAAACACCAGAGGACAUACGAACAACAUGAACCCUGAAGAAUCAAUAAGACAACGAGUGUAACCGACAAAACGCCAUCAUGCUCCACAAUGAGGAGUGAUGGUAAUUAUCUAUAAACUCAUAUCUCAUAUUCAUGGCCUACUUCAUUGCCUUUGUACAAGAACUGUAAAGAAAGAAGUCAAGUAUUAAUUAUAAUUAAACAAAGGUGGAACAUCCUGUAAACUAUUUGAUUUAGAUUUAAUAAGACCUCCUUUUACUAAAACAUCUGAAAACUAAUUUGUGAUAUCAUGUUUAUAGUGUUUUUAUCAGUGAAUAUUUAGUUAUUUGAGUUGUACACUAAGAGAAUGUGUCAGCAGCGAUGUCGUGUUUUUUUUGCGUGCUAACGUCACCGCUAACGAGAAUAAACGAGCCUUCAGUCCCGAUCCCAACGUCCUCCAUCAGACUGUAGUUUAGUUCUGAGUGUUUGAGUCUCUCUCUGAACACUUUUAGUAACAUUUCUGCAGACUUUGGCUGUGGAAAUUACCCACAAUUCAUAGCAAUGUGACGUUGAACACGGAGGUUACCAGGGGAGAGAUAAAGAAAACGUAAACAAAGGCAAAUUAAAUGUACACAAAAAAACAUUAAAUAUUUAUGAUGGAACAUAAAAACACCUUAAAUCAGAUGUUUAUUUCACAACUGGUUUAUUCAGAAAUAAUUUUCUUUCUUAUCUUAUUGAAUUUUGAUAAAAAAUAUAUAUAUAUAUUUGACAAUUACCUCUCGUCUCGUGAGGUAAGAGCCUGGAUAAAUAACGGAAGACAAACAGUUUCCCGAGUCUUUAAGGGGACGUUGGUGUUGGACCGUUGUCGUCGUCGUCCUUCAAGUUAUUUUUCUUUUGUAAAACUGAAAAAAACAUUUUACUGCCAAACAGUGGACUCAUUACUGCCCCCUGAGGCCGGAGAACUAAAACACACCUCUGGUGCCGGACGGUUAGUGAGACAAAGAGCUCGUUCCACAUUUAGAAACAUGAGAUUCAUCUCAAGGGUUUAAAAAGACGAAAAACCUGAAGAAGACGACGUAUUAGUUGUUUUUUGCAAAUGUCCCGACCUCCGUUAAAGAGCAGCAUAAAGACGCUUUUGUUUUUGUUCUUGUCUUUAGGAGUCAGAGCUUUAAUCAGAUGAACUGCGGCUCAUUAAAUUUGCAGUAUUUUCCACUGAACUCGCUAAACGAUGGCUCACUCUGCAAAGUUACGUAAUCCCAAAAAACUCAAAUCUUUUAUUACCUGGGAGCUUUUGGAAAUAUGAAGUCGUCUGUAAAUACACAAAUGUUUGAUCUUUUUGUUUUUAAAUAAAAAGUCGUAAUUACAUGAAAGUUUUUUGUUUUGAAAUUCAAAGAAGGAAAAUCCAACAGUUUAUGUUCAGACGUGCAGAGAGAAGGGGAUCAAACCUGUGAUGUCUCAGUUAUAAAAGAUAUAUUCACAUAUAUUUAAUGACAACAAUGGACUGAAACAUCCGGAGCAGCCGAUGGGACGAAGGUCACCGAGCUCUUCAAAGAUUCAUGAACUGAAGAAAACCUCAGAAUGUGUCUGAACGUUUGAAAAACCUGCAGAUAUUUUUAUAGAGACGUUACAUGUUAGAUUUAUGGAGAUUAUGAUCACGUCUGUUCAUCAUA